GUCAGGUACAUUAGUCAUGCGCAUCCGCAACUUCCUGAAAUUGUAUUGUUAUUCUGAAAGUGCAUAUAAUACAGUUUUGCAAUCCCUUAAGCCUAAGGCCCUACUUCUUAUCCAGUUGCUGAAGAUGGCCAUGCCAAUUGAGCCCACGGUUGCUUUGGAUCCAAAUGCAGUACCACAGCAACAAGACCAGGGAAAUAUUUAUGGAUGUUUGGCCAAUUUUGAAAUCGAUAAAAGAAUUGGCAAAGGACAGUUCUCUGAAGUAUUCCGUGCUCGAUGUAAAAUAGACAAUAGUGUUGUUGCAUUGAAGAAAGUGCAGAUAUUUGAAAUGAUGGAUGCAAAAGCUAGGCAGGACUGUAUCAAAGAAAUAGGACUUCUUCAACAACUAAAUCACUUGAAUGUGAUAAAAUAUCUGUCAUCCUUCAUUGAGAACAAUGAGCUGAACAUUGUGCUGGAAUUAGCUGAUGCAGGGGAUCUGUCUAGAAUGAUCAAGCAUUUUAAGAAGCAUAAGAGGCUAAUACCUGAAAAGACUAUAUGGAAGUACUUCAUUCAGAUUUGCAGUGCAUUAGAACACAUGCAUAAUUGCAGAAUUAUGCACAGAGAUAUCAAGCCUGCUAACGUUUUUAUCACAGCAGAGGGAAUUGUUAAAUUGGGUGAUUUAGGAUUGGGACGAUUCUUCAGCUCCAAAACCACCGCUGCUCAUUCUCUUGUGGGAACACCUUACUACAUGUCUCCGGAGAGGAUUCAUGAAACAGGGUACAACUUUAAAUCAGAUAUGUGGUCACUAGGAUGUCUAUUGUAUGAGAUGGCUGCUCUUCAAUCCCCUUUUUAUGGAGAUAAGAUGAACCUGUAUUCCUUGUGCAAGAAGAUUGAUCAAUGUGAUUAUCCCCCUUUACCAGCAGAUUGUUACUCAGAAGAGCUGAGGAACUUGGUGGCAUUAUGUAUAAAUCCAAACCCAGAGCAGCGUCCAGAUAUAACAUAUGUGUACAACGUGGCACAGAUAAUGCAUGCCAGACAUCAGUCCCAAGCUAGUCUGCAACAACAGGUUCAAAUGCAGCAACAACAGCAGGUAUUUGAGGUACAACAACAACACCAACAACAAAUGCUUGUUCAGCAACUGCAGGAUCCUCAUAUACAACAACAGAUGCUCCUUCAGCAACAGCAACAACAACAACAACAAAUGAUACAACAGAGUAUGCAAGGACAACCAAUCCCUCAACAACAGAUGGUGAAUCCACAGAUGGCUGUUCAUGUCAAUGCUCAGUUCACCGAUCAGCACCAGCAGGUUCAAUAGACAUUUCAGAUUAAGUCAUCCGCAGGUGAACACGGCAAAAUGUUGCUAUUUCGGACUCAGGUCCAUCAUUAGAGAUAUAUAUCUACCUUGACCCAACUGUGUUUGUCCUUCCCCUACCACCCAAGGUCUGAAAUAUCUCUGGCCAUAGAUUUCCUGCACUUUUGUUCCUGUACACGUAACUAAGAUAAUACAUACCACCCAAGGUCUGAAAUAUCUCUGGCCAUAGAUUUCCUGCACUUUUGUUCCUGUACAUAACUAAGAUAUAUAUGUCCUUAAAGAAAGGAGUUUUGUUAUACCCACUGUUGAUUACGCUUUGUUUCUCUCUCCAUCACUCAUGGGUCCAAUCAUUCCAACUUGCUCAUUCUCAUGAAUAAACAUUUAAAAAUAUCGUCCAAUCAAAAUAAUCAUUAUAGUAAUGGAACUCUUCUGUUUUGAAAGGUAGCAUUAAAGAGGUACUCUACAUCGUCAUAAUUGCUGACUUCCUUUUAAAACAUGGAUGAAAAUAUAAAUAUCAGCAAUAUUUGUCAAUUCAUUUUAAAAGUUCUCACCUAACUGAGUAGCUCAGUAGGUUAGCACGUCGACUGCUGAAUUGUAGAUCACAUGUUCGAGUCCAGCAUGGGUUUUAGAUUUUUCUCAGAUUGCUUUCAACUAAAACUUUUUUUUUACUAAAUAAAAUAAAUUUGAAAGUUUUCAAUUUCAAAAUAAUGUUGUAGAUAUCCUCCACUUUUCAUCCAUAUCAAAUUUCUCUGGUGUAGCAUACCUCCUUAACUUAACUUUGCUAUCACAACAGUUGUAUACCAAAAUUGGGCUGAAAGCAUCUUGUUGAUUGGACAAAUUUGCUCAGGGUGUACGAUGAAUGCCCAAUCAAAUUGCCUCAUUAACUAUUCAUGAGAAUGAGCGAGUAGGAAUGAAUGGACCCACGGGUGAUGGAGAGAGGAACGAAGUGUAAUCAACCGUGGGUUUCCGACGAUGCUGUUAUACCAAUUGUUUAUACACUUAUAUUUUUCUAUAUUUUAUUUGUCUGAGGAAAUUUGAAUGCAUUUUUUUUUUAAAUAUGAAAUAUUGCAUGCGAAAAAUUAAGAUCUGUUAUGUAUUUGUGUUAUUGAAAUGAACAUGUAAUGUUUUUAGUUUUAAAAAAAUACUUGAUUUUAAUACUUACAUCAUAUUUAGAUAGAUGUACAGUAUGACUGUUAAUUUGUAAUUCUUAAAGGUUUAAUGUACUGCUUGUUUUAGUAUAUGUACCUAUAAAUUGAGUUAAUUCUGGUCCUUUGCUAUCUCCACAGAAAACUUCAUCAUUGUUGUAUACAUUUCUUGGUUGUGGUUCAGUAAAUGAAAUUUGGUGAUAUAUUGAAAAUAUUAAAGGGCAUUAAAGAUACACAAAAUAUUUUUAUCAUCUCUUAAUCUGUGGUUAUCAUUCUUGUGUAUGUGGACUUGUUGAUAGUUUGUACAUCCAUAAACAUCUUGGGACGUCAGAUGUUUACACAAAUUUUUUUUUAUAGGUCUGGAAAUCUGAAUUAUUUAUAAAGAAAGAGUGUUCAAGAUUUAGGUUCUUGUUGUUAUUUCAAAUUUUAUAGUUGUUGCAUAAUGUAAUGCCAUUGUUGUGUUUGACUGUUAGAGAGUGAGUGUUAACUGGUGGCCGGCCACUAUUUGAAAACAAAUCUACUAUAAAGUGUCUCAACAAAAGGAUUGUCCUAUAGAAUAAAUGUUUUUCUUAUAUGGUAUAUUUAGUGUUUGUAUGACAAGGCUUUUCAUGAUGUACAGCCUGAUACUAUUUGAUGUGAUGAUUAUGGUUGCAAUAGGUAUAAAAAUCAUGAGACAUAUUUUAUCAUAUAUAUGCACAUCUACAUUUUGUUGUGUUUUUAUUUUCUGAUGAGAAAUCCUGUUUUAACCUUUUCAACUGUUUGAUAUUUUACUUGCUAUUUUACCAAUAUUUGUUUUAGAUUGUACGGUUAGUUUACCAUACUCACCUCAUCAUGAAAUCCAAUGUAAAGCUUUAAUGUUACCAAUUCCACAUCUAUCAGAUCUUCGUAUUGAUAUAAGGUGUAUUUUAAAAAUUGAUCACGUACACUUAGACUGGUAACAGGUCUGUUAUUUCUGAGCUGUUGUGUCCCAGCAUGUUUUACAUUCAGGGUAAGCCUCCAUAAAUAGAUACUGUAAAGGACUCACAAUUGGCAGUGUAUUCUUGUUAGCACAUUUGACAGAUGACACGUUCACUAAAUCAAGUACAUCACUACAAGCUUGCUAAUAUAUCUGUUGUAGUAUUUAUUAUGGGGGAUGCUGAAUGUACUAAAUCUUGUACACACUAAAUACGAUAGCUUACAGAAAUUUGUGUCUGUUAUUUCAUCAUAUCACUCAGCUGAAAUCUCAGGGUUCAUAAGUACAUUGCAUUACAAAUUAAUGAAGAUCUAAUAUGAUAAAUCUUAAAUCGUUGAAUUAUAAAUACUGUAAUUUGAAUCAGUGUGCAGUCUCUUGUUUCUUCUCUGCUCAGAGUGUAUUCAUUAAAGUUAUGGCAUCGAGCAUUACAAUGUACAUUGAACAUGAUUUUGUUUUGAGAGCAUAAUAGUCAUUUCCACAAAGCAUUCAAUUAAGUUGCUGUGAAGAUUUAUCACCCUUGAGUUGAAUGGACUUGGCGAAUUAUAUUUUACACGUAUUUUGGUGACACCUUGCCUAAUGUUGUGGAUAUUUUUUAUGUGUGUAUAAUCUGCUGUGGUGUUUGCCUUGUGCUACAUGUAUUGUGUAUAAUUCCGUCCAUAUAUUAUUUAAGAGACAACCAUAUGAUUCAAUUUUGAUAUGCCUCAGUUCGUACAGGCACACACAAUGAUUAAUGUAAUGGAGGAGUUAUACAUCUUGUUUAUUGUCUGGAAAAAAAAGGCAUAACUAUGCAAGUGUCAAUCACAUGUGUAAAAUUACUUCAUGUAUCGGGAAGUAAACCAGUGAGAGUUCUGAGGCAUGCAGGUCAAUAAAAAGCAAUGAGAUGUGAACCUGACUCCGCUCAUUAAAGUUAUGGUUUCUCAUCUUACAGAAUGUAGGGAUAUAUUACCCUUUCUGUUUUCUUCUAUAUAUGAACAGAAUGGGUAGUAUGUGUAUAUCCCUGUGUACAGGGGAAUUUGACACCAGUUUUAUUGGUUGCAACAUGUACUGUAUCACAAAAAUCCAGCUUUUUUCAAGUGAUUUUUUUUUUGCUUAGACAACUGACAAAAUACUGGGUUCAUUUUAUUGGAUUUAGUUUGCAAUGUAAAUAAGACUUUGUGUUAGCUGAUGAUUUUCACUGUGACUUGGACUGUUGUAGUUAAAAAUGGACCAGUAAAACCAUUCCAAGCUAAAGUUUAAAUGAUGUAAAUAGUUCUUAAUUUAUUGACAAUAUGUGCCACACAUUUAUUGAUGUUGAGUAUUCCUAGAAAUAAAUCCUUACCUAAC